AUAAAAAAAGGACCGAACGGCCCAUCAACCUUCGGGUUCGGGUUCCGAAAAUGGCAGGGAAAGCACGGGCAUCAUAUCUGAGAGCUGCACAGAAAUUAUUUUCCGGAAUCGCCAAGAAAUUGAGGAAAAGCUUGGAAUUCGAUCUAUGAAACCCUAGAAAUCGUACCAGCUGGAAGCACAGCAUACAGAGAGAAAAUGGAGAAUAAUCAGUACGAUCCGAUCACAAUGUUGAACCAAAUGGUGUCAGAGCCGUACUACCUCUUCCACUUCCUCGCUUUCUUCUCUUACAUCCCCGUUCGCUGCUCCGCCUCCCAAAUCAUCUCCCCUCACUUUUCCUCUCAUCUUCUUCAUCGGGAAAUUCAAGCAGCUCUUGCAUUUUCUGUAUUGACUGUUGUCAAGAUGGUGAAAGUGGAGGCAUGGGAGGCCUUCAUUGCAGAUACUCUCUUUUUCGCUAAGAUUUUUCUUGUUGGCAUUGCUUUAGUCAUGGAUUAUCACUUGGCUCUCUGGUACACGUUGGUAUUUCUAGUUAUAUAUAUCUUGACUCAACAACCUGCCUACCAAGGACUAGGUACUUCAAAUCAAUUAACUCCAUUGCAGUUGGAAGCUUUGCUGACUGAGGGGAACACAUCAAGAUUCUGGCUAGUAGAAUUUCGUGCAUUGUCUUCGUCCACUUGCGUUCACACCAGUCGGUUCUUUCCUGAAUUGUCAAUUACAUACUCAAACAAAAAUUUAUCUUUUGGGAUAGUUGAUCUUGGCCUCUUUCCCAAUGCUGCAGAGAAGUAUGGAAUCUCUCUAGGGAGCAACGAAAAACUUCCAACAUAUAUAUUGUUCGAGAAUGCAGUGGAGGUUACACGCUUUCCUGAGGUGGAUUUAGCUUCUAAUCCUCCUAUAACAAAGAAACUUCUUUGCCGGCAUUUUGAGCUUGAUCGAUGCCUCAUUGACUACAUAAAUGCUAAAUAGGUGAAUGAUUCAGACGACGUGUUCUGCAAUUGAGUUUUCUCGCUUCAUUUCUUUCUAUUUGUAUUAUUUUACAAUUUUGUUUUGAGGUGUAGAGUCACGUAUAAUAUAAAUUUGAAUGCUUGAUUGCUAGAAAUGUUGCUGGCGUUUGGUCUCGAGUCCUGGGAAAAUUACCAAUAGAUCUUGCAAUAUUUCUUUAGAUUCUUAGUUUGAAAUGCUUACGAUUGUUGACUGGGAAAAAAAAUCUCUACAAACAUUGUUUACAAAGUGAUGUGGCAUCUGACUUGAAUUUGCUGCAAAACUCUA